AAGCUCUAUAAUUGUUUGUAAUGAUUAUAUUUUUCUACUUUAAUUCAUUUAGAUUCUUAAUUUAUGGUUGCCGUAUAGAACCCUAGAGUCCGAUUCAGUUCCUCAUAUCCUGAAACGGUGGAACAGGACCUCCUGAUCUGUGAUGCUGAGCCAUAUCAAGAUAAGGAUAAAACGGCUUCGGUGACAGUCACCUGGAGUUGUAAUCAAGCCAAGUCGAGGUUUUUUCUGUGUGGUGAGGCAACUUUGAAUAUGGCAGACUUACCUGGUUAUUGCCGUUCCUGCUUGCAUACUGGAAAACUUGCUUUUUUGGCAAUUCUAGUUUCUGGAGGGAUUGUGUUACAAAUUUUGGCUUGUGCUUUGUACAAUAAUUGGUGGCCAAUGCUAACUGUUAUAAUGUAUGUGCUUCUUCCUAUGCCUUUGUUGUUCUUUGCUGGGUCCGAUAGGUCCGCUCUUCUAUCUGAAUCUAAUGAUAGUUGGGUAAAUGCAACCAAGUUUUUGACGGGAGCAUCAGCAGUUGGAAGCAUUGCAAUCCCAACUAUCCUGAAGCAUGCUGGUGUUAUCGGUUGGGGUGCACUUGCGAUGGAACUUUCGUCCUUCUUUGUAUUUGUAAUAGCCAUUAUGUGUUACAUUAGCAUGGGCGAGGAGGAUGAUUACAGCAUGUUGUUCUGAGAUUUGUUAUCUCAACUUCAUUUGUGAAAACAAGCGUGUAUUGUUUCAUUGCUUCAUGAGUUGAAUGUAGUAAUAUGUAAACUGAAUUGGGUCAAUCCAGAUUGCAACAAAGAGGUCACCUGGAUUCU